UGAGCGACGCUUCAGGAAUUUUUAAAGCUCUUGUAUUCAUUCUCGCGUCUCGUUAUCAUUUCAUUCUCGAUUCAUUUCUAUCGCUUUUAUUGGUAAAUCGUAGCGUACGUUUGUGUCUAACUUUACCACACAUCGCCACAGAGUAACAUCGACAUUUCCGUUCCGUAUUCGUGAAGGAUCUGAUCAGCGAUUUUAAUCAUGUUUCCUGAGAGCAGCUCUGGGUACAGUUAUGAGGAUUGCCAGGCCACAGCUGACUGGCUUCUGUCCCAGACUGCAGUGCGUCCUCUGGUGGGCAUAGUGUGUGGUUCCGGUUUGGGUGGACUGGCUGACGCCUUGAAAGACCAGGUGGUCUUUAACUACAGGGACAUCCCCAACUUCCCCCAAAGUACAGUGCACGGUCACGCUGGACGUCUGGUGUUUGGCACUUUGAAGGGCAGACCUUGUGUCUGCAUGCAGGGCCGGUUUCAUCUCUAUGAGGGAUAUCCCAUCCAAAAGAUUACAUUGCCUAUGCGGAUCUUCAAACUAUUGGGUGUGGAGACCGUGAUUCUCACCAACGCUGCUGGCGGUCUAAACCAGGACUAUAAAGUAGGCGACAUCAUGAUCAUCAAAGAUCAUCUCAACAUGCCUGGAUUUGCUGGAAACAACCCACUGGCUGGACCCAAUGACGAAAGGUUUGGCGUUCGUUUCCCCUGCAUGUCUGACGCAUAUGAUCGAGAACUCCAGCAGCUGGCGCUCGAUGUAGGUUCAGAGCUCGGUUACAGUGACUUCCUGCGAGAGGGCGUGUACUGUGUUCUAGGCGGACCGUCGUUCGAGACGAUCGCAGAGUGCCGCAUGCUGCACAAACUGGGAGCUGAUGCUGUCGGCAUGAGUACGGUUCAUGAGGUGAUCGUGGCACGGCACUGUGGGAUGCGCGUCUUCGCUCUGUCUUUGAUAACUAAUAAGGCGGUGAUGGACUAUGACAGCGAGGAAAAGGCCAAUCACGAGGAGGUUCUGCAGACGGGCAAACAGAGGGCGGAGCAGCUGGAGAGGCUGGUGUCCACCCUAAUCACCCGGAUAGAGCACAACAACAAUUUUGCUUAAGACUGUUCUUGGAUCAGUCACAGACCAAAGAACGCUGAUUUAUCUGUGAACAAACAUGGUUAUGGUUGCAAAGACUGUGUAAAACAGGUCAAUUCAACUUAACUCAGAUAACUUAUUUAUACUUUCUAAAUUUUGUCUGUGAAAUUUUGCCCUUAUGUAUAUAAACCCGGUCAACAGGAAAGUGCUUAUUUAGAUUUUCUUUUUCUUUAAAAAAAGAAAAAAUACAAAUUUUUUACAUUCCUCUGAAUGCUAAAACUAAUGUUUAUUAUUUCUAAGUUAGCGUUUACCAUGUGUUACUUUGUCUUAAUUUAAAAGUUGAAUCUUCUGUAAAACUUGAAUUGCCUUUGUAGUAUUUGUCAGUUGUACAGUAAAUGUCUGUCCUAUGUGUUUUUUAACAGUUAUUAUUAAAAUUGGCUAUUUAUUAAGAA